GUGGAUGAAAAAACUAAUGAAAAUUUAAUAAUUAAUAGGUUUAAUGAAAUUACAGCACAUAUUCUCAAUAGUUAACGAUAACUAUACGCUAGAAAUACGAGCCGUUAAGCGAAUAAACGAUGCAAAAGACGCUCACAUUUUCCUACAAUCACUGGAGCUGUCGGACAGUCAGUCCCGAAAGUAUGUAAUACUAGACUGCGAUAGCGAAACGGCCAAAACCAUAAUUGUAGAUCACGUGCGAGACAUUUAUAUGGGAAAACGAAACUUUCAUUUUCUACUAACAAGUCUUAUAAUGGAUGAGUACUGGAAUAAUCAGGUGCUAGAGUUCGGUGCUAUUAAUAUAACAGGAUUUCGGAUUCUGCAGACAAACACUUAUGAAUUCAGACAAUUCUCCAAAAACUGGAAGACACUGGACUCAGAGCGAUGGCCGGGAGCCGGAACUGAUUACUUCUCCGCCGACACCGCUCUCAUGUUUGACGGAACGAAAGUCUUUUUAGACACUUAUAAUCGACUUUUGAAGAAAAAGUCGGAUAUAUUUCGUAAUAAUUUCAGAAGAGGCGAGUUUUUUAACAACGGAACUAAAGGUAUCGAUUGUCGCAAAGCACCCAACAAUGUUUGGGAACAUGGUGACAAAAUUACCAAGUUCCUUAGAAAGAUCGCUGAAUGGACUGAAGACGAUGGCAUGGAAUUGGUUCCCGGGAAGUAUCACAGAGUGUUCCAGGAGUCCAACAUCGAGAAUAAGACAUAUAUAGUGACCAGUAUUCUUUAUCACAGAGUGUUCCAGGAGUCCAACAUCGAGAAUAAGACAUAUAUAGUGACCAGUAUUCUUGAAGAGCCAUAUUUGAUGGAGAAAGUGCCGGAACCUGGGGUUACUCUCAUUGGAAAUGAUAGAUAUGAGGGUUAUUGCAAAGAUUUGGCCGAUUCUAUCGCCAAAAACGUGAAUUUCAAUUACGAGUUACGAUUAGUGAAUGAUUCAAAAUACGGUGGUUUGGACUCCAAGUCUCCGAGCGGUUGGAAUGGUAUGGUUGGAGAACUCAUUAGAAAAGAGUCGGACAUUGCGAUCGCGCCGUUGACUAUAACAUCCGCCCGCGAGAGAGUGAUUGACUUUACGAAGCCAUUCAUGUCUUUGGGAAUCUCGAUAAUGAUUAAGAAGCCGGUGAAGAAGAAUCCGGGAAUCUUCUCAUUCAUGAACCCUUUGAGUCAAGAGAUAUGGGUUUACAUAAUACUCUCAUAUAUCGGUGUUUCGGUUGUAUUGUUCUUAGUUUCGAGAUUUUCUCCACACGAGUGGCGAUACGAAGACACUCUUUGCGGACCAAAAGGUUUUCUCUGGGAGCCAUUAUGCAGCAAUCCUGUGAUGUAUGUCCCAGGGUUUUCUCUGGGAGCCAUUAUGCAGCAAUCCUGUGAUAAAUCCAAAAUAACUGUUUACUCACGAAUGUGGGAAUUCAUGAGCGCUAAGCCUAACGUCUUCGUAGACUCUUAUAAAGAGGGCAUCAGAAGAGUGAGGGAAUCAAAGGGCAAAUAUGCCUUUCUUAUAGAGUCUACGAAGACGUUAGGCUUAGCGCUCAUGAAUUCCCACAUUCGUGAGUAA